AUGAAUACAAAUGAAUAUCGCAAGAGAUAUUUUGAUAUUUGGUGGAAUGGUAUAAAAAGUCUGCCUCAUACGACUUCAAUACACGGGUUUAAGUUUAUAGCUGAUACUAAACGACACUGGGUAGAAAGGAUCUUUUGGUUGGUAUUCGUAGCACUCUCAUGGUAUGCUUCGUCAUUACUGAUAGCGGCUCAGUAUGACGCGUAUCUAAACAAUCCUAUUUCAUUUGUGGUGGAAACAACUUACAAAGAUUGGAAUACAUAUUUUCCUGCCGUCGCUGUAUGCGAAAACGACAAUUCAAAACGUGCUGAAGAAAUAUCUGACAGUUUGUGGGGUCAAGAACAUGAUUUUAACAUAGAGGAAGUUCUAAAGGAAUGGGCAUUUUUCAAAGGCGUCACAUACUACACCUCGGAAUUUUGUAAUGUAGAAAAUGGAGAAGUUUUACCGGAGUGCGUCGAAUCUAAUCUAACUUAUUAUGCCAAUUUGGUAAGAAGUACCUGUAAAGAAAGUUUAUCAGAUUGUUCUUGGAACGGCGAAGCUUUUGAGUGUUGUGAUUAUUUCCGACCUUUGGAUACUGAACUAGGCACGUGUUACGCCAUCAACUCUAUUCAAGGAAGAGAAUCGAAUCCGCCAUUUCUACGAAUGGUAAGCAACAGGACUACGGGUCCUGGAGUGCUGAGGUUCAAUGUCCUAAUACCCGCUAAUGUUUACGUUCUAAACGAAGAAGACGUACCAGCUCUAACAACAAUUGGAUCAGAUGUAUUGACUGUGGGUCCAGAAAUGUUUCACAGACGGUACAUAGCUCUUAGAAACAUUGAAAAUGAUUCCGGGACCCGUUCUAUCGCUCCGGAGAAGCGCAAAUGUCGAUACAACGAUGAAAAUUUUUUGGACGUGUAUCGCCACUAUUCUUAUACAGCGUGCACCGUGCAAUGCCGAAAAGACGCCCAAAUGCGUUUCUGUAAUUGUUCUAAUUAUUUCAUGCCGAAUGUACCGGAACAUCUCAAAUGCAAUGUUAGCGGAAUUAUAUGCCUAAAUAAUUAUGUCAACAUAUUAACCGUACUGAAAGCACCAUGGUCAUCGAGGCCUGGUCUGUAUUGCAACUGUUUACCGUCUUGUACAGAAUCAGAGAUUUCCGUCAUUAAUGAUUUAAAAGACGCCACUGCCGAAGACUAUGCCACUGUAGAAAUAGAACUAGCGAUGUUGCCAUCCGAGCGGUACAGGAGGAAUGUCGUAAGAGGAAUACUUGACCUAGUCGUGUCCACAGGUGGAACAGGAGGUCUAUUCCUUGGCGCAAGUAUCCUUAGCUUCGUAGAGCUAUUAUACAUAUUGCUGAUCAGACCUUUCUGCGACAUAUACAGCCAGAGAGAAGACGAUCCGUGGUACAGGAAAUACGGAACACGUCGGCUCGAAGACAAUAAAUAUACUCCGAAUUGGAAAUGGAAUUAUUUUAGAUCGAAAUCUUACUACACAACGAGACCUUUGAGAAGCACUAGUAAAUUGACAUCACGCGAUUUUUAUUCCAAAAAAAUAUAGAAAGCUAAUUUACCUAUUCAAAGUUUUGAAAUUUCCACCUAAAGCUAGAAAUGCACGAAAUUUUUAUGGUUUGCUGAAGUCAUAUAAAAACAGUUGUAUUAAAAUAAAGUUUUGUUUCAUA